UCUACCGACAUAGCCUCACCUACCCGUACCUGUUCGCAGAUCACCGACAGCAUCGGCCACCACCACUGCACCCUCACAUGAUCGCAGGCCCAUCCCUCGUUCCCUCAGCUCAGCAUCACGCCACAACUCAUCAAUCACCGCCCCAUCAUCCCCCCAUCAGCCAUCCAACCCCGGACGUCACCCUUUUGGCCCCGGAAACCGUAUUGCUUUAGAACCGCAUAUACCCACAUAUAGAAAAUGGAUCCGUCGCGGAAUUCAGCGCUGCAAGACGCCAAGAUUCAAUCCCUCCUUCCUACACUGCAACAGCAGCUACAACAAUUUCAGCGACAACAGCAAGAGCAGGCGAAUUCUGAUUCUGCUGAGAGGACUCCUGGUUCUGAGGAUAUGCCACCGCCACCUGCGUACCACAUGGUUGUCGAUCCCGCUGCGCCGAUUCCCAAUCUGCACAAUCCGUACGAUGCGGAUGAUGAGGAGAAAGACGACGAUGACACGCCUGAAGUCAAUAUCAAUGCGACGACGCAGAUCCGAGGUCAUGGAAACAUCAUCAGUAUCGCGCAGAUGGACAGCGUGCGGAUAGCGAAUUUGGUCGCCAUACUAUUGCACGGAGGCAUACCGCCCACAGUCCCAUUAGCGCAAGCAGCGGCGCAAGCAGCCCAUCAACCCGCUGGAUACCGAGAACCUCCCCGACACAGACCACUGAGGAGAGACCCGCGCCACUUCCCCAACAUCAACAUCAAUGUCAAUUGCGGCGCAACGGUGAUAGGAGAUCGGAACAUCGUGGGACCGGGUCUUGGGGAUAUUGCGCGCCACAUGCAGAUGGCGCAGCGAAGUCAGGCAGCUCAACAACAACAGCAAGGCCAGACGAGCCCCCCGAAUCAAAGAGCCGGGUGUGCUCAGAAUCCGGGUUUGGGGUUUUCUGUCGGGGCACAGGGGCCGAUGGCGACGCCGCCGAUGAGCAGGACGUCGAGCUUUGGGAGUGAGGGGUCGAACAAGAGGAAGGCUGAAGAAGGCGUGGGAGAGAGACCUGCGAAGAGGGAGUGUUGAUCUGUUGGUGUUUCUUGACGGAGUGGAGAUGUUAUGAUGGUGCGGAGGUGGGACUUUUCUUCUGUACAGUAGGGUAUAUUUACGACCAUUGGGCGGCAUGUAUGCUUGUUUGAGGAGUUGGGGUCAUGAGGAUGAUUGUCUGGUUCUUUGUUAGCAUAUCCGGCUGCCUCUAUGCG